AUGACGCACGUCGUCGACAGCGUGCCUCUGUUGCUGACGCCCGUCGCAGGGCCCGCCUCGGCUGAUGCAGAAGUGGGGCACCAGCGUGGCAACAGCAGCGGCGUCACGUCCGGCUUGCUGUGCGAGACUGGUGCCACGGAGCGGCGCGGAUCCUGCGUGCAGCGUGGGUUUGGCUUGACUCGGUGGAUCUGGUUGCCGCCUGCUUCCACAGCAGCACCGGGCACGCCACUGCACCCGGCUGUUGCCCACGGGCGGCGGCAGCGGUCGCCUUCGCGCUCACCCGCCGCCGCAGCGCAGCGGGGCGCCUGCAAAAACAUGGAGGUGGAUGUGGCGAAUGCGGGCAGCCGCGUGUGCCGCCGCCGCGAAGGGUCUACUGCCCCGUGCCCCGCUGCCCAUGCGCGAUGGCUGGAGGGCGAGCGUCAAGGCCUUUGCGGGAGUCGGUGCGACCGAGCGCCGCGAUCAUGCCACUGCGCUCGUCCGGAGGGUUGCGAGCGCCGCGCCUGCAACACCUUGCUCUCGCACGGCCUUUGCCCGGACACGCAGGCUUUGCCCCGCCUGCCCGACCACCCCAUGGGCGCCGACUUCGCCCUGCGGAGCAAGCAAAAGCUGCUUUCCCAGCGUUUGGACGAUUUGGGGUGGGAGCAGCAGCUUGCCGCCGCGGGCGCGGGCUUUUUUCACUGCCCGUGUUCGUGGCAUCGCUUGCUGGCGGCGGAGGCCACGGAGCCCCAAAUGCUACGGCGCGUCCCGCCGACGUCUACCUGCUUCCGUGGACACCCGGCCGCACGUGACCUCGCCGUCACGGCCAGGCUGCCCCUUGGCACGGCCGAGGCUGCCAAGAUGCUCAAGGACAUCGCCCGGGAGGCCGCUGCCAGUGAGGGAGCCGACAUCCCGGACUUGCACGGACGCCUGCUGCAGGAGCUCUGCGUCGCCGUGCGUGGGCACCGCCCCUGGCCGGUGGCAGGCCAAGGCUCCUACGGCUUCUUGAUGUUUGAGGUCUCCUGUGCACGGCAGCUGUUCUGCGAGGAAGACAUGGCUGCCUUCACACGCGGCUACUCCGCUGUGCUGAUGCGAGUAGGGCAAGAUGGCCUGCGACAACUCAGUGGCAUGGGCAUGGACUUGAACCUGGAUGGAGGCACUUCAAUGUCCAACGGAAUGGACGUAGGCAGUUCAGGAUCCCAAACCAUACUGGGUGGAGACGGAUCAAUGAGAGUGGAUGGAGGCCUUUCAGUGUCCAACGGAAUGGACGGAGGCGUUUCAGGAUCUAGCGGCCUGAGUGGAGGUUCUUCAAUGUCCAGCGGAAUGGACGGAGGCAGCUCAUGGUCCCAGACCAUACACCAUGGAGGCUCUUCCAUCUCCAACGGAAUGGAUGGAGGCGUUUCAGGAUCUAGCGGCCUGAGUGGAGGUUCUUCAAUGUCCAGCGGAAUGGACGGAGGCAGCUCAUGGUCCCAAACCAUACACCAUGGAGGCUCUUCCAUCUUCAACGGAAUGGAUGGAGGCGUUUCAGGAUCUAGCGGCCUGAGUGGAGGUUCUUCAAUGUCCAGCGGAAUGGACGGAGGCAGCUCAUGGUCCCAGACCAUACACCAUGGAGGCUCUUCCAUCUCCAACGGAAUGGAUGGAGGCGUUUCAGGAUCUAGCGGCCUGAGUGGAGGUUCUUCAAUGUCCAGCGGAAUGGACGGAGGCAGCUCAUGGUCCCAGACCAUACAGCAUGGAGGCUCUUCCAUCUCCAACGGAAUGGAUGGAGGCGUUUCAGGAUCUAGCGGCCUGAGUGGAGGUUCUUCAAUGUCCAGCGGAAUGGACGGAGGCAGCUCAUGGUCCCAGACCAUACACCAUGGAGGCUCUUCCAUCUCCAACGGAAUGGAUGGAGGCGUUUCAGGAUCUAGCGGCCUGGGCGGAGGCGUUUCAGGGUCCAGCGGCCUGGGCGGAGGCGUUUCAGGGUCCAGCGGCCUGGGCGGAGGCGUUUCAGGGUCCAGCGGUCUGGGCGGAGGCGUUUCAGGGUCCAGCGGCCUGGGCGGAGGCGUUUCAGGGUCCAGCGGCCUGGGCGAAGGCGUUUCAGGGUCCAUCGGCCUGGGCGGAGGCGUUUCAGGGUCCAGCGGCCUGGGCGGAGGAUUUGGAAAUCCGGGGUCUGAAGACUCGCCAGCUUUCACGGAUGCUGGGAAGUGCAGGGGCCGCGAAGAGGAAUGGGUGGCUUGCGACUUGCCGAGCUGCAAGACCUGCGAACCGCAGGACUGCGUAUUUGCUGAAUGGAUGGAGUGGUUUCCGCUUGGGGGAUGCACGGGGCUUUGCCAGAGGAAGCGCUUGAAGGCGCAGACCAACAACGAGUGCGGGCAGCCUUGCAGCGGCUCUUUGCUGCAGACGGUCUUCAGGAGGGAGUGCUACCCUGACUAUGCCGCCUGCGUUUCAGAGACCCGGGACUGUGUCUGGUCGGCCUGGACAUCUUGGUCUUCCACCUGCUUCGGCGACGGGAGGGAGCUUCGGCUCAACCAACGCUUCCGCUCUCGAAAUGUGCUGAAGCAAGCUCUUGCCAACGGCCAGCUUUGCAUCGGCCCGUACAAUCAGACUGAGCCCUGCAUCGCUGAAACUUUCGAGCGCCGCGACUGCGGGCUCAGCCAUUGGAGCGAGUGGACCCACUGCAGCCGGCCUUGCGGCGGAGGCUGGCAGGCGCGGAUCCGGCGAGUGGUGCAGUACGCCAGCAACGGCGGCACGCCCUGCGAGGACGUCACACGUGAGCAGCAGCCUUGCCAUAUCGAGCCUUGCGGCGGCGAGUCCUGUGUGCUCAGCGAGUGGGGUGAUUGGCAGGGCUGCGACAUCCUGAGCACAGCCCAAGAAUACCGCAGUCGCGAGUUGUUGCAGCCGGCCUCGGAUGAGACGCCCUGCGACCAGACACUGCGGGAGACGAGGGGCUGUCCUGAAGACGACGAGGUGCCGGAGGUCUGCAAAUUGAACGCUUGGACGGAGUGGACGGUCUGCAGUGCCACCUGUGCUGGGCAGCAGCAGAGGUCUCGGCGGUUGCCAUCAAACCAGCCUCGCUGCUUCCUCGACGCCACAGUGGUUGGAGAGGGUGUACCGGUGCAAGAGAUUCAGGCAUGCGGCGCCCCACGGUGCGAAGCAGCGGUGUGCCGCCUCUCCGUGUGGACAGAGUGGUCCGGCUGCAGCCAGGGCUGCGGCGACGGGAUCCACACGCGCAGCCGCGAAAUCUUGGAAAGCUCCGCGCACGCCAGCUGCGAUGAAGCUUUGGAGCAGGUCCGGCCAUGCCGGAUGCAGGAUUGCGUGGCUUUGGACUGCGUGUGGGCUGACUGGGACGAAUGGAGCGCUUGCAGCUGCACCUGCGGCGGGGGCACCAUGCGCCGGAACCGCGUCAUCCAGCAGUCGCCCCGGCACGGCGGCAGGACUUGCGACCCGGAGGAGAAGGGGCAGAUCGCCCCCUGCGCGACGCAGAGCUGCGAGAUGUGCGUGGAUGGCAGGUGCUGGCACAACUAUGGCUUGAAGUGGGUCCGCACAUAUGUCCACCCACAGGAGCAGGACUUGUAUUACGAGCACUUCAACUCGGGCAUCUAUAGGGCGUCCGAAGCCUUGAGGGAACAGGUCAUCGACGUGGCGGUGGAUGAGGUGCUGGGAACGCUGGCGCAGCUGCUGCCGCCUCCCGCCGCGCGCCGCGCUCAGUGGGCGCUCAGCGCGCUGCACGGCUUGCGCUACGCGCUGUGCGCCGUGGAGUUCCAGGAGUGUUACCAGUCGGAGGAGGAGGCGGCGGAUGGGAUUUUGAGCUUCUGCGCCGCCGCGGGGGAGGCCCUGGCGGAGCUGGGCAUCCCGCAGCAGGAUCUGCACACCGCGGUCUUGAUUCCCAAGGACUUGGAGGCCGUGGUGCGCUCGGUGCUCCAAGCCGCCCAGCCGCAGUGGGCCGAUGCCGUGGUCUAUCAGUUCCCAACCUUCCUCCCCGCCGCGUACUCGCCCGCCCGGCUCUGCGACUUGAGCACCUUGCCGCUGGCGGCGCUGACCAACCCCGACUUUGCCGAGGGCCGCGGGGAUGCCGACUACCGAGGUGUGCGGGUGCCUCAGCUGUCCAUGGAAGCCAUCCUGAAGAGAAUCAGGUGGCGCGGCGGCACGCCGCUCUCGCGCUGGGUGGUGAACCUCGGCGCCUACGAUGGGCGUUGCGGGCGCGGCACCGAAUGCUUCGACCCUGCGAACUGCCUGGUGGAAGAGCAGCACUUCAGCGGCUUGCUGUUGGAGGGCAACGAGUCCGUGGCCAAGGCGAUGCACGACAGGCUGGCGGACGAGCGGCUGCUGAAUGAGGUGCUGGUGCGCGCCGCCGCGGUGACGCCCGGCAGCGUGGCGCCGCUGGUCUUGGGGCAGCUGCCAGUGCGCGAGGUGGAUCUCUUGAAGAUCGAUGUGGACUCCAUGCCUCAUGACGCCCUGCUGUCUGCCCUCCUGACGGCUGGCCUGGGCGCCAAGGUCAUCCACACGGAGAUCGGCCCUUGGUUUCCGCCUCCGGUCUCCUACUGGCGCGAGCACGACCCAUCCGAGCCAUUGGUCUACGCGCCGCGGCCAGAAGUGGUUGGGCUCAAUCCCUCCCUUGCACGGGUGGACGAGGUUCUGAAGCCCUUUGGCUAUGAGCUGCUGCAAGUUGAGCUCUACGACGCAAUUUGGGUUCGGGCGGAGUACCUGGAUGCCUUCGACCCGGCAGGCCGCCACGAUAUCUACGACAAGUGGCUGGUGGGCGCGUUCUGUCAUCCGGGCUUUCUGCGCUUCGGGGAGAACUUCAAGUAUGGUCGCUACGAUUACCGCGCCUGGGCCAACCCCGAACUGUCCUGGGAGGUACGCGGCCAGCAUAUGCGCAGUCUCCUGCAGCGCGCGCAGAGUGGGCGCUGGCACUUGUGGAGCUCUUGGGGCUCUUGGUCCAGAUGUUCGGCCACAUGCUCCGCAUCCUACAAGGCGCGUCACCGCAGCGUGGACCGGCACCCCAACUACUGCGGUCGUCCAGCGGUAGGCCUCGAGGACCAGUACGAGGUUUGCGAGAACCAGCCGAACUGCGUGCCCGACAAGGACUGUGUACUUUCCGCUUGGAGCACCUGGACCGGCUGCAGCUGCAAGUGCUUCGGCGUGCGCGAGCGCCAUCGGGCGGUGGAGCAGUAUGCAAGCGGCAAUGGCAAGCCGUGCCUGGAAGAGUCCCUGAAGUUCGUGGAGCCUUGCGCGCCGGGACCCGGCCAGGCGGUGCCGACGGACUGCAAGCCAGAUCCUGCAAGGCCGUGCCAGAUGGGCGACUGGGAGGAAUGGCAGAGCUGCUCCGCGAGUUGUGACACCGGCGAGCGGAAGCGUGCGCGCAACAUCCUCAUUCCGGCUGCCGAUGACGGCCCUCCUUGUGAGGAUCCCACAGAGCAGGUGGAGCCUUGCAACACACAGGCUUGCCACAUGACCUGCGUGGAUUGUCUCUGGAGCCAAUGGUCCGAGUGGAGCGCGUGCUCGCACUGCGGGCACCAGAGGUACCGGCAUCGAGGCAUCACGCGCCAGGCGAACCAUUGCGGCAAGAAGUGCGACACGCAGGCGGCCAAAGAAGUAGGAUUCUGCCCCAGCAAGUGUGAGGAGCGCUACUGCGUCUGGAGCAGCUGGCAGGACAUGGGCGGCUGCAGCGCCAAAUGCGGGCCCUCCACCAGGCUGCUGCACCGCGAGCUAAAGUUCACGACGAGGUUGCCAGAGCCAGAGGUGGAGCCUAUUGGUAACAGCGGUGGCCUCUGCCGAGACGCCCUGGGAAGGAGCUACAGCGGGUGCCCCAUCCAGGCGCUGUCGUUGGAGGACUGCUCGGAGGGCCUCCGCAAGCUCGGAGGCGUGCGCGGGGUGCAAGGGGCCAUGUUCGAUAGGGGCGACGUCGUGAAGUUUGGAGCCCGCCGCUGCUUCAUCCUCGUGGAUCCGGGCACCAUGAUCCAAACGGUGGAUGUGCCAGGUGGAUGGAUGAAGACACCCUGCAUUGAAGGUAAGGGAGCAGGACCCAUUACUAGUGCUGGAACUGCUUCGGGGGCAGACACGUGGAAAUGCCUCACCUUGACCAACAUGCCCCUGAUUAUUGGCGAUCCCAGCGUGCCCUGCUCCGGCACACAGAUCUAUCAGUCCACCUGCGACAGCAAGCCCUGCCGGGACGAGUGUGUGCCUGUGGAUUGCGAGCUGGGCGAGUGGAGUCAGUGGUCCGAGCCCAGCUGCACCGAGCUUUGUGAGCGGUCGCGCACCAUCGCCCGCUCCAAUGAGCCGCAAUCCCAGAGCGCUCAGAGCCACGUCAGAGCGGCCGCACCCGGCAACCCGGCCGGUGGCGGCAUGAUGGCUCUCAGCGAGGGCGGCUGCCAUGAGGCGGACUUUUUGCAGCGGCUCGCAGAUGAGAAGGCAUCGCUGCUCCGACGAGUCGAGGAGGAGAAGAUGGCCUGGCUAGAUGCGCUGGAGCGGAGCUUUGGCGUAAUCCAACCGGCCCGGGGGGAAGAGUUGCAAGAGGUCAACGGGUGCGCGGCUCGUGAAGGCCCGUCUGAGCGCUUCCGGCUAUCACGUUUGGAGCGGCCGCUUCAGCCUCUGCUGCCGGAGGAUGUGGAUCCGGCACCACUGACGCCACGACAAGUCUCCAAGCACUGGGACCCCUUGAGGCAGCGGUCCUCCGACUCGGAGUCCGAUCCCUUCGCGGAAGACGUGAUUCAGUCGGAGUCCAUGGAAUCCAUGGAGUCCAUGGAUUCCUCGGUGGUCUCCCGGCCCUCGCGGGUCUCCGUGCGCUCCACUGCGGCGGCGCAGAAGGUGCAGAACUUGUUCAACCCCACGGACAGCGUCCUGGAGGUGCUGGUGCGCUACAUGGACUACGUCGCCGGGUUCCUGGUGUUCCUGAACAGUUUGCUGAUGAUGGCGGAGCUGGAGCUGGAGGGCCGGCAGGCGGCGAAGCUGCUGGGCCUGGACAGCGGUGAGGACUUGUACGAGACGCUGCGGGUCCUGUCGCUGCUGGACGAGUUCUUCGUGGCCGUUUUUCUGCUGGAGCUGCUGCUGAGGAUCUACAUGGAGGGCCGGAACCUCUACAAGGACUGGGCCAACAUCUUCGACGUGAUUUUGGUGAUCUUGGGCCUGGUCGACGUCGUGGUCGGGAGAGUUCUGAACCCAGAGAACGACAUGAUGAAGGACGUGAUCUUGCUGAGGCUGAUCCGCGGGCUGAAGUCCCUGCGCGCCCUGCGCCUGGUCCGGACCUUCCGCUUCGUGCGCGGGCUGCGCGUGCUGGUCAAGGCCUGCCAGGUCUUCUUGCCCUCCCUCUUCUGGGCCAUGGUGCUGCUUGGCGUGUUCAUGACCAUGGGCGCGUUGACCUUGGGAACGACCCUUCAGAUAUUCAUCUCCGACGACGCAGCUGACUUGGAAGAAAGGCAGUGGGUUUGGGAGCGUUACGGGACCGCGCUGAGAGCCAGCUACACGAUGUAUGAACUGACAUUCGCAGGCAACUGGCCCACAAAUGCGAGGCCUAUCAUCGAGAAUGUCAGCCCUUGGUUUGCGAUUUUCUUCCUUGGGUAUAUCACUAUCAUCGUUUUCGCUUUGAUCCGUGUGAUAUCAGCUCUAUUUCUGAAAGACACCCUCGACGCAGCCCAAAAUGACGCGGAGCAUGCAGUGGUGGACCGGCUGAAGCAGAAGGGGGAGUACGUGCAAAAGUUGGAGCACCUUUUCCAGGCCAUCGACGAAGAAGGCAAUGGCAUGAUCUCGGAGGCAAAGUUGUCGCGGGUUCUCCAGCAUCCAAACGUCAAAGCGUACCUGGAGACUUUGGAUCUAAACUUCCGGGAAAGCGCGGCGCUCUUUCAUCUCUUGGACAACGGGGAUGGCGAGGUGACGUUGGCGGAAUUCAUCGAUGGAAUUAUGCACUGCAAAGGGCCUGCCAGGGCCAUUGACCAGGUUGCUAUGCACGCGGACCUGCGCCAAUUGAUCCACCGACUGGAUGGGAUUUGGCAGAAAGUGGGACGGAAAGCCAACACGACCAAGGAUAAACAGAAGGCUUUCCGGAAGCAAGCGGCAUAUCUCAAGACGUUCAGGUUGGAUGCAGCAGAUCAAGGCAAGCGCAAGCCAGCGACCGAACAGGAGCUUGGCCUUUGCGAGGGUUUGCACGCCUUGGAUCGGUGUGGCGGGAAGCCCUGCGGCGGCCUGCUGGUCGAAACCAAGAGGUGCUAUAAGAACUGCACCGCGCCGGUGGAUUGCAAGCUCGGCGAAUGGGGCAGCUGGGCUCCUGCUGAGUGCAUGACGCCCACCGACCAAAAAGAGCGGGAGCGAGCUGUGCUGGUGGUCGCAGAGAAUGGCGGGCGGGCUUGCGCUGGCGUCAUGCGAGAGACCAUGGCGUGCUCUGAGGAUCAAGAGCCAGUGAACGACUGCGAGCUGGGACAGUUCAGCGAGUGGUCUGCGUGCACAGCUACCUGCGGCAGUGGCUUGCGAACCCAGUCUCGCAGCAUCCAAGUGGAGGCCAGCGGAGGUGGCUCGCCUUGCAAGGGGCCCUUGGCUUUGCUGCAGCCCUGCAGUCUUGGACCCUGCGAGUGCCCAGUGACGGACGCCGUCCUGUCGCAGUGGGGCGAGUGGAGCGGCUGCAACUCGGGCAUGCACCUCCGCAAGCGGCAGGUCUCCCAGAGCGCCAAGUGCGGCGGUCAGCCUGCCAAAGGUGGCUUGAUGGAGGUCAAGCGAUGCGGGGAGGUGAUCGAUUGCGAGGUCUCGGAGUGGACAGGUUGGGAUGAAUGCGACAAGAGCUGCGGCGGUGGUCAGCAGCAAAGGCACCGGCAGGUGACAAGGAAUCCGUUGAACGGCGGGAUGCGGUGUCCAAAGGACCUGGUGGUGACGCAGGGCUGCAACCAGGAGCCAUGCCACGCGACCAGCUGCGAAGUGACGGAGUGGGAAGCGUGGGGAGAGUGCAGCAGCAGCUGCGGCAGCGGGGUGCACGAGCGGAGAAGGACCUUCCUCCACUUGGCGGAGGAUGGCGGUUCUGGCUGCGAUCUGCCCUUGUCGGACAUGAAGCCCUGCUCAGCAGAGGGCCGGAGGCUGCAGUCUUGCCCGCCUACGGACUGUGGCUGCGUCUGGCGCGACUGGUCCGAGUGGAGUGCCUGCACCUGCGAGUGCGGCGGAGGCCAGAAGACCCGGAAUCGCCACAUUGCGCGGGCGCCCUUGCCCGGCUGCACGCCAUGCGAGCCGUCGGAUAAGCAGCAGAUCCUGCCGUGCAACACGCAGAAAUGUCAGGAAGAUGAAUGCGUCGAUGGCCUGUGGGGCCUAUGGCAGGAAUGGGAGCCAUGCUCCAGCACCUGCAAAGGUGGAAUCACGUGGCGCAUGCGGAAGAUUGCUCGGCACGCCAGCGAUUGUGGGCGGCCCGUGGAGGGCGUGUCGCAGCACCACGCCAGUUGCAACGAAGGCGUCUCCUGCGUGGAAAGCACGGACUGCCAGUUGGGCGAAUGGGCCGCCUGGAGCGCGUGCACGCAGGCCUGCGAUGGCGUGAAGCGCAGGUCCCGGCAGAUCGCGGUGCAGGGAAGAGGUGAUGGUGCCUAUUGCAUUGGACCCAUGCACCAGACGUACCCGUGCUCCACGGACAAGGGCUUGCUGGAGUUCAGCAGUCCAGCCCUGUACUUGCACCUGGACAAACUUGUGGAGAAGAACGUGGACCGGGGUCAGGCUCAGCUGAAGUAUGGCGACGUCACAAAGCUGCCAGGAGACGAGUCCAGUGUGGAUCUCGUGGUCGCCGCCACGAGUGCCAUGCAGUCCAUUGGCCGGGGGCUCUGGUUGCAGAAUUUCUUGCGAUUGGCACCCUUCGGCCUGGCCAAGUGUCCUUGCUUGGGCUUCUCGGGUGUCGAGGGCACCGCCACAGUGCUGCUGGGCGAGCGCUACGUGCCCUAUCCAGGCGACCUGGGCAGCCGCUGCUCAGCCUGGGACGACGGGCGCCAGCCAGACGCGUGCCUCGAGGGCCAAGAGCCCGGCAAGGGCAACGGCUGGUGCAAGCAGUCGUGGUGUUAUGUCGACCCCAGGAAGUGCGACCUAGAGGCGGUGCCCAGCAUGUCGAGCUACCUGCCCACGGCACGCUAUCAGGGAAUGCCCCUGUUCUAUUCCUAUGCCACUUGCGGCAACCAGGAGCCGGAGCCUCACCCGGACGCUGGGCAGACUGGCUGCGACUGCAUCGGCUUCGACAACCGGGCGGGCAGCGUGAAAGCGCGCAUCGACGGCGCCCACGUCCGCUACCCCGGGGAAGUCGGUGGAAGCUGCAAGGCCUGGGAUUUAGAGAAUCAUCCUGCCUGCGCGGUGAAAGGCUCCAAGCCCUCCUUCUGCUCGGAGAAGUGGUGCUUCGUGGACCCCUGUAAGUGCAGCUUGAAGACGCCUCCCAAGGAGUCCGUGUACCUGAACGCCACGCUGGGCGGCAGAUCGAUCUAUUACUCCUACCAGACCUGCGGCGCGAACGACACUUUCACGGAGGUCUACAACAGGAAUGCUUGCACCAUUGCCGGGGAGGAGGAGUGCGGGAAGCUGCCCAAGUGCGCCUGGACGGGCACCCGGUGCCUGGGCAAGGAGCUGGUGGUGCCGGAGCUCUGCAGCGCCGCCGAGGAGUACAACGGCACCACGGUGGAGGACCUCCGCAGCGGCGCCAAGCUUCCGUUCAGGUGCCUCUGGGGCGCCCUGCUCGCCCUGCUCGCCCUGAGCGUGCGGCGAUAUCCGGAGAGAACCGGGCUGCACGGCAGCGUGGGCAGCGUGGCCACCGAACCAGGAACCUCCGUGGAUGUGGAGUUCAUCCUGAUGAAGUCAGGCACGACGGAGGAAGUAAGGGCAAAGAUGCUGAUGCUGAAGUUGUUUGACCUCUCCGACGGCUCCAAGCUGGAGGUCAAGGACUGUGAUGAGCCCUUCCUGGCGCGGGAGACGCAGCUGACGGUGCAUGGGGAGGAUGGCGUGGUGAUCACUUCGCAGAUGCCGGGCACCUCGGCGCCCAAGGAUCCGAUGAGCGUGAGCCCGCGGCAAGAGAUGCAAGCGGCGGCAAUCUUGUUCAAGGACACCAGCCGUGCUCGGGUUACCUUCACUUCGGGCAGUGGUGAGGGCUUGCUCUUCGCCGGAAAGGCCUGCUGGAGCGGCGAUUGCCUCAUCAGCGCCUGCGGCCGGGGCGACGAUUCCGUGGACUGCGUGAUGAACGAGUGGCAGCCCUGGGGCCCAUGCUCCGUGAGCUGUGGCCGCGGGCAGCGCGUGCGGUCCAGGACCGUGCAGUCGCUGAACUCCCAUGGCGGGCGGCCCUGCCACACGGACCUGUCUGAGACGGAAGGAUGCCGCGCAGUCUCGUGCGCGGAGGCUUGCGAGGCGCAAGACUGCGUCUGGUCAGACUGGUCCGACUGGGGCGCCUGCGACAAGUGCGGCGGGCAGAUGAAGCGCUUCCGGAACGUCAUCACUCCGUCCAGCUGUGGUGGCAAAGGCUGCGAGGCGGAAGGCGCGGAGGAGACCGCCAAAUGCCCCCGAAAGUGUCACGAGCUGAGCUACUGCACUUGGGGCGACUGGGGGCCCUUCGGGGAGUGCACCUCCACCUGCGGCCACGGCAUCAAGAGGCGCACCAGAAGGCUCAAAGUCGUUGAUGAGCCGGUGAAGUCGAUCAUCGGCGAGAGCUUCAUGGGCACCGAGGAUCUAAAAGACAAGUUCCAUGAACUGCAGCAGCGCGCGGUGCAGCUGGAGGCGGCGCGGUCGCAGCAGCUGGUGGUGGCCUUCGCCUGCGGCUUCCUGGGACUUGUGGCCUUCGUGGCCGCAGGUCGCCGCAGCUCCUGGGCGACGGCGUCCGACUACAGCCGCGUGGCAGGCUCCGACCAGGAAUGA